AUGUGCAUGCGUGCUAUUGCUAGUGUUAGUGUUAGGUCUCUGUUCAAUGCCAGUGUCGCUGUCUACGACCCCUACAGGGACACGAUAGUCGAUAUCCUCAUGUUCAGCGGCAUCACACAUAACCCGAGCCUUCACAUUGGCGGUGUGCAAGUUGAUCCGCAUACAAAGCUGGUAUCCAUCGUCGUCGAUGCCGCUGCCCCGUUCAACACCGGCGGGCAAGUCGUAUCAGGUGACAACUUCAUCAUCAAGUACGAUGCCGCCCAAAAGCGGGCUCUAUGGAACAAGAACAUUACUACUGUGUCCAAGGGCGAGUACGCUGGUUUCCAAGAUGUUGAGCACGAUGCCCGGGGAAACACCUACAUCGUCGGGUCGUUCCCGGGAACCAUAUUAAAAGUAGACCGGGAAGGCUCCGCCGUCGUUCCCUGGUACCUACCUGCGAAGAUCGACCACACCAAGUUCGGCUUUUCUGGGCUUGCGGCAGCUGGGGAUGUCCUGUUAUCCAACAACAACGAGGAUUCCCAGAUCUAUCGUUUCGAUAUGAAGGCCGAAAAGGGCAACCCUCUGCUUGUUGCCAGAUCUCCAAACACGACGUUGGCCAGGACCGAUGCUAUAUAUCUGCCACCAAGAUACGACGGCAGGGUCCUACUCGUUGCCGAAAACACAAAGGGGAUCACUGUUCUGCGCUCCAGUGACGGGUCGUGGCAGUCAGCAGAGUAUCUGGGUACUGUGCCAAACAAUUCCUCGGCGGCGCAAGGAGGCACCGUUACUGCUGCAGUACAAAUCGGCAAAAAACUCUACAUGGUUGAAGAGUUCUUUGCGGAUCCUCCUGUCUCCGGCUCAACUGCUGGGAAUAGGAAACAUUUCCCCAUGGUCGACAUCACUUUACAAGUUGAACAGCUUCUGAAGAAAUAG